AUUAAAGAACCCUAAUCUUGUUGGGGAGUGAUUAUGCUGCAUAUAUAUAUAUAUAUAUAUAGAGAGAUCAAGAUAGAGGACAACACUAUGCCAAAAACAACAUGAAUAAUCUUGUUUAUGAUGUCUGCAUUUCACCAUGAAAACAAAGGCUCACAAGAAAUUAAUGCAAUCUAUCAGAGGCAACACACCACAGAGAGGCUGACAGAAGAGAGUGAGCACAUGCUGAUAGUGAUUGUAUCAGGGCAUACAAUUGCAAGUGUGUGCUCACUUCUCUUUCUGUCAGUUUCUUCUUCUUUUUUCGGCGUGUUUUCUUUCAUAUUUAUAUAUCUUAAUGGAGGUCUUCGAGCCUUAAUUUUAGGCAAAGACAAAGCCCUGGGAAACUGCAUUAAUUGCCAGGCACCUCAAUAUGCCCAGAAAUUGGUUUGUGCUGUCAAUAUCUGCAGAUUAGGGAGCUUGAAGCACCAGUCACUCGGAUCAUAACUCUCUUACUGACUUAAGCAUCGAAGAGUCUUUACAAGUGGAUCUUCCCUUCUUGCAAACAAAGAGACCUUCUCCAAACAAAAAAAGUGACCAAAGCACCGCUAGGAUAUUGUCACCUAUUUGCAAAGUUCACGCUCAAGAUCUGGAUAAAAUUAUCGGCGCCCAUCAUGGGAUCCAAGUAAAAUUUUAUCCUACCUCCACAUUUUUCACUAUCAUCUUCUUGCGUAAAGAUAUUCUAUGAUUAUUGAUAAUCACUUAUACUAGCACAAGCAUUUAUGAUAUUAUAUUAAAUAUUUGUAGAACAAUAACAUGCAUACAAAUAUUUUCUCUGUACUUUGAUAUCACUCGUCUUAACAAAGUCUAAGGUUUUUGGGCUAUAUCAAAACAUCAAAGAUAUCAAACUUGCCUUCAAGAAGAAAAUAGCAUUUCAAUGCAACCCGGACAAACAUCCUAAAUUUUUGAAGCACAAGUAUGGUGGAUCCAAAGCUAGAUCUCAUAUGAUGAAGCAAAGAAGUAUGGUGGAUGACCUAUAUAGAGGUUCUAAUGAUAAAACACACAAGUAUUGUGGAUCCAAAGUUGGAUAUCACAUGGUUCCAUGUUAUGAAGAAAGUCUAAACUUAGUUCCCAUAAGUGAUGUACCUAAAGAUCCAUAUAGGAAUGACAUAGUAAAGAUUUAUCCUUGAUUUAUGAUAUGUUAUAUCCGGUUGAAAAGCAACAAUCCAGUUACUUGACUUUUUGCAGCAUUUAUGCCAAGUCUAUAAUGACAAACAUC